GUGUUUGAUAGAGUCCGGGAAGAGUGGCCCAAUUUCCAUGAGAAGAUUAAGCCCAUCAGUGCUGAGUUCACCAAGCCAAACCUGGCCAUCUCUUCUGAAGACAUGGAGGAGUUGCUUUCUGAGGUCAACGUGAUCUUCCAUUGUGCUGCAACAGUUCGAUUUGAUGAGCCUCUGAAGGAUGCCCUUCUCCUGAAUGUCAUGGGCACCCAGCAGCUCCUGAGGCUGGCCCACCAGAUGAAGAAUCUUGAAGCCCUCAUCCACGUUUCAACGGCCUACUCAAACUGUAAUCGGAGGCACAUAGAGGAGGUCUUCUAUCCUGUUCCUGUAGAACCAAAGAAGCUCUUGGACCUGGUGGGGUGGAUGGAUGGGUCCCUCAUUGAAGCGAUCACCCCCAAUUUGAUUGGAGACUGGCCUAACACCUACACCUUCUCCAAAGCUCUGACUGAAUAUCUGAUCCAGCAGGAGAAAGGAGACUUAAAUGUUGCCAUCGUUCGACCUUCCAUCGUGGGAGCUAGUUGGCAGGAGCCCUUCCCGGGAUGGAUUGACAACUUCAACAACAUAAAUGGUUUCCUAGUUGCGGCUGCAAAAGGGGUUGUACGGACUGUAAAAUGCAAUCCAACUGACGUAGCUGAUUUUAUCCCAGUAGACCUCGCUGUCAACUUAACCAUCACCAUUGGCUGGUACACUGCAGUUCACAGACCAAAAUCGCCAAUGAUUUACAACUGUACCUCAGGUGGCCUCAACUCUUUGUAUUGGGGAGAUUUGGAAAUAAAUGUGAGAAGUUCAUUUAACAAAAACCCACUGGAGAAACCCUUCAGAAUACCAGAAGUCACCUUGACCUCCAGCCAUUUGGUCCAUCAGUACCGGAUGUUUGUCUAUCACACAAGCCCUGCUUUUCUCUAUGACCUGCGUCUGCGGCUGAUUGGAAAGAAGCCACAGGCGAUGAAACUUUUGACUCGCUUAGAAAAGGCCAUGGGGCUUCUUGAAUAUUUUACCAGCCAUUCCUGGGAAUGGAGCUCCGGCCACACAAACAUGUUGAUGAAAGAGCUCAAUCCGAAAGACAAAAAUUUAUUCCCCUUUGAUGUCCGUCAAGUGACUUGGUCAGAAUACUUAAAUAAUUACUGCUUAGGAAUUAAGAAGUAUCUGCUGAAUGAAGACAUGGCUGGAAUUCCUGCAGCCCAACAGUAUAUCAGAAAGCUAAAGAUCAUCCAGUGUGCACUGAAGGCCACUCUGCUUGUGAUCAUAUGGCUCGUAUUCAUUGCAAGGUCCCAGAUGGCUCGUAAUGUCUGGUAUUUUGUACUAAGCCUCUGCUACUAGUUACUUAGCUACAUUAGAGCUUCCAGCACCCUUAGACCUUGACUGUGCCUUUCUGGGGAUUGUUCCCUAUGUCCUGGAAUAACCUUCAUGUCCUUAAAUCAACUCCUGGUAUCUGUCUCCUCCAACAGUAAGGAGAUACCAUUCAACUAUUUAAGCGUUCAACAGAAAUCACAAGAGAUUUACUCUAAUUCCUAUCACUACCACUAUACUACUA